AUGAAUGCAAACCACGGCGAGGCACCAGCCUCUUACGAUGACAUUGGGGUUGGUGACGCAAAUCCAGAGGUGCAAAAAUGCGUCAAUCGGAUCUACAAGGCAUCCGGGAAAUAUCCCUGGGACUGGCUGCCACGCGAUUACGUUCCCAAGGUCGCCGCUUGGGGGACCAACUCCGCGCUGAACCUUGCCCUUGCCGUUGAAGCUGUUCACGCCCAUGGAUCAAUGGUUACCAUGGACGAACUGCGCGAUUUCCUGGUACGAAAGGCCAAGGAGCGCCAGGAAUUGAGCAAGAAUGGUAGGCCAGUCAAACCUACCAUGAACUCGGAUUGCGUGAAGGCUAGAAAGUGGAUUGAAGACAACAUGGUCAACUCACAAAGCACAUCGAAACAUAACAAGCUCAAACGGCCGGGUCGUGAUGCUGCCUUUAGGCAAGCGAGGCCGAAAACAUGGCGCACGCUCACUAUAGCUUACAAAAAGCAACCCCAGGACAAGCUUGACGACGAUGAUGAAGACGAAACAUUCCCAGAAUUUCCCUACGAUAGAGAAAUGAGUGUUCUCAGCGAUAUCAGCAACGUAAGCAGUGCAAUCGGUCCAUCCGAUCGUCGCCAGCCUUCCCUUCCUCCACCGCCCGAUCGGACUUCGACUCAUAAGCGGAAUAUGCCUCCUCCACCCUCGCCACUCCCCGAGAAACGCUUGCGACAGGUCGAACAAUUCGUAUCGAGCAAUAUCGAUGACUUCAAGGAAGCAUCCAGGACAUUCAACCCCGAGGAAGAAGCUUGUCUCAAUCAAGGUGAAUCCGUUCAGCUCUACGGUUUCAAUAAAGUCCUACGCGCAAUAUGCGAAAGGAUUGAAGAUGCUGAAUUCCGGAGCAGCAUAUACGGGCAGGAGGUUCAUAACACCCGACGCAACUUAACUUCAAUCAACAUGGGAGAAGUCAGGCACGUUCUCCAAAAGGCCACUAGAGACCGAGACGAAAAACGAGAGGAACUCAGGCAGUUACAGGAAGAAUUAAACAGCUUUACCACGAUGAUCGACAACCAGGGGGGGAAGUGUUCAGAGACGCUGCGUGCCAUGUAUGACGGCUUUAUCCGGAACUGUGAAGACGCGAAAAAGAAGCUUGAAAAUGUUGAAGACACUUUGAAAGCAAUGGAAGAAGAAACCCAGAAGAACCUCCGGCAAUACCAAGAUGGACAAGAUAAGAUCGCGUCUUUAGAGAAGGACAUUGCCAAAGAAGAAGAGGUCGUCAAGUGGGAGACAAGGAAAAAGAUAACAAUCGAGACGCUCCGAUGUUAUGUGGAGAUGAGGGAGAAACUUAUGUCUGCUUCCGACGAAUUGUUGCGCGCAGAGCGCGAUGCAGCCGUGAAAAAGCUCGAGAGCCUCUCGUAG